GUUUUAUCAUCUUUCUCUUUUAUGGAAAGCAAAAAAAACAUUCAGUUCAGCCUUAAUUUAAUUUCCACAGAAGCCAACGUCUACUCUUUCCUUUUCUUUUUUUUUUUAAAUUACAUCUCUCCAACGCCAUUCAUAAAACAAGAAAAGAGAACAACAAAUGCCGUUUCUCAGUAAUUUAAACAAAAAAAAUUCUCAUGCAAAGUUUUCAUCUUUGAGCUAACUAAAUUCUUCAACUAAUUUAAUGGGUGGUUGCACAUCGAAACCUUCCCCUGAACCCAAUUAUUCCAACAAUGAUCUCUAUGCUCCCGACGGAACUGCUAUUCCGGCUAAAGAUAAUAACAGCGAAGAUAGUAAGAGCAAGGAGGGAGCUGAAGUGGGUAAAAAGUCGCCGUUUUUUCCAUUUUACAGUCCAAGUCCGGCGCAUUAUUUUUUUUCAAAGAAGUCACCGGCGAGAUCUCCGUCGAAUUCUACGCCCCGGAGGUUUUUUAAGCGGCCGUUUCCUCCGCCGUCUCCGGCGAAACACAUACGAGCUGUGCUAGCACGGCGGCAUGGUUCUGUGAAACCCAAUGCAAUUCCGGAAGGAAAUGAAUUGGAGGGGGGUGGGGGUCUUGAUAAGAGUUUUGGGUUUUCGAAGAAUUUUGAAAACAAGUAUGAACUUGGAGAAGAAGUUGGGAGAGGGCAUUUUGGGUAUACUUGUAAAGCUAAGUUCAAGAAGGGUGAACUUAAGGGACAAGAAGUUGCAGUAAAAGUCAUACCCAAAGCAAAGAUGACCACGACGAUAGCCAUUGAGGACGUGAGAAGAGAGGUGAAGAUAUUAAGAGCUUUAACGGGACACGAAAAUCUAGUAAAAUUUUAUGAUGCAUACGAAGAUCACGAAAAUGUCUACAUAGUGAUGGAGCUAUGUGAAGGAGGCGAGCUUUUGGAUAGGAUACUUUUAAGAGGUGGAAAAUACACUGAAGAUGAUGCAAGGGCUGUGUUGACACAAAUAUUGAAAGUUGUUGCAUUUUGUCAUCUUCAAGGUGUGGUACACCGGGAUCUUAAACCAGAGAAUUUCUUGUUCAUGUCCAAGGAAGAAAAUGCACAACUUAAAGCCAUCGACUUUGGGUUGUCUGAUUUUGUGAAACCAGAUGAAAGGCUUAAUGAUAUUGUUGGUAGUGCAUAUUAUGUAGCGCCAGAAGUUCUACACAGAUCUUAUAGUACAGAGGCUGAUGUGUGGAGUAUAGGUGUUAUUUCAUAUAUCUUGCUGUGUGGUAGCCGUCCCUUUUGGGCUCGAACUGAGUCUGGGAUAUUUAGGGCUGUUCUCAAAGCUGAUCCAGGUUUUGAAGAACAGCCUUGGCCUACAUUAUCUUCUGAAGCAAAAGACUUUGUGAAACGUCUCUUGAAUAAGGAUCCACGGAAAAGAAUGACAGCAGCUCAGGCCUUGGGUCAUCCUUGGAUAAAGAAUAGUCAUGACGUAGAAGUGCCUUUGGAUAUACUGAUAUUCAAACUCAUGAAGACUUACAUGCGUUCAUCUGCUCUUUGGAAAGCUGCUCUAAGGGCGUUGUCAAAGACAUUGACCGUAGAUGAGUUGGUCCAUUUGAAGCAGCAGUUUGCACUGCUGGAGCCAAACAAAAAUGGCACAAUAAACUUGGAUAACAUUAAAGCGGCCCUGAUGAAAUAUGCAACAGAUGCCAUGAAGGAGGCACGCAUUCAUGAUUUCGUUGCUUCACUUAAUGCACUGCAAUACCGAAGGAUGGAUUUUGAGGAAUUCUGUGCUGCUGCAUUAAGUGUAUAUCAGCUUGAGGCUCUUGACCAAUGGGAACAACAUGCGCGCUGUGCAUAUGAAAUUUUUGAGAAAGAUGGCAACAGAGCAAUUGUCAUAGAAGAAUUAGCUUCGGAACUUGGUCUUGGUCCAUCUGUUCCUGUUCAUGCUGUUCUUCUUGACUGGAUCAGACACACUGAUGGAAAGCUUAGUUUUCUUGGUUUUGCAAAGUUGUUGCAUGGUGUGUCAAGCCGCUCAAUCACAAAAGUUCAAUGAUUCCAGCUUCAUAUACCUAGCAUGUACGUUAGUGAUAUGUGAUGCAGGGACCAGUAUGCGGUUCCUUUGAGAUGAAUUCCUAGCAGAAGAUGUUUUUAUCUUGGCAUUGGCACCAUGUCAUAUAGUUUUUGUUUUCCUUGUGUAAAUGAAUAGUUAGUUUCUGUUUGGUUACAGAUGAUAGUAUAUCUCUCAGCUGGUUCCUAGACACUUAUACAAGAUGUUCUAACCUAUUAGACAGCCCUCCCUGACCACUGCCAUUGCAUUGUAUGAUUGUAUCAUCGUGUUUGUAAACAUACGCCUUUAUAGUUGAAAAAAAUUCAUCACUUUUUUGCUUCUCAACCAAA